AUGCAAACCCAUCCAAUCGAUGUGCCUGUUUACCCAGAACCUGUUGGACAAAGAUCCUCCCAGUUGCCGACGCAGACACCCGGAAAGAACCAGGAAACAGAUUUGACGAAACAGCAGCAGGAUCCAAAGAAACAUGAGCAAUCAGAUGAACGUGGUUUCACUGCUCAAGUCGAGGGCGAGCACUCUUCGGAAGAGGAUGAUAACCACCUGCACACCGACCCUGUGAUACUUGCAGAAGUUCCGGAUUCAUCAAUUUGCAAUCACCCAAGUUAUUUAAAAAAUCGAAAUAGCCAUUCGAGCCAUCGCCUGCAAUCUGGGAAGCCCAUCGGGGGUAAUGGCAAUAGUGAAGAUGAUGAGGACGUUGACGAUGACGAAGAACAUCUCAAUGUCUACGACAGCGAUCUAGACUCAAUAUUGGGUAGUGCAACUCAGCACAGUCACUCUCGGAAGAUGCGAAAGUGGAAGAGCUUGGUCAAAGGGCGGUUCGAGAAGAUGCUACUCGAUUGCAUCGUCAACACGGACAACAUUGCGCCAAACUACCGAGACGUUUUUAUUGACCCCUCAAUAAUCAACAAGCUCGAGCAAGUAACUUCGCUUUCGCUCCUACGGCCGAAAGCUUUCUCAUGUGGUGUGCUCAAGGGUAAUAAAGUCACGGGUUGUAUUCUCUAUGGACCCCCAGGCACAGGCAAAAGCAUGUUGGCCAGAGGCAUGGCAAAACAAUCAGGAUUCAACAUGCUGUCUAUCUCAACUUCCGAGAUCUGGCAGGCGCAUCACGGGGAGGACGAAAAGAUGAUCAAGGCAAUCUUCUCUCUGGCCCGGAAACUAUACCCUUGCAUAGUUUUUGUUGACGAGGCUGAUGCAAUGCUUGGUACACGGAAAGCUGACGAGAUUAGACACAUCAGGUCAAUGCUAAACCAGUUUCUCAUGGAAUGGGACGGUCUCGUUAUAGACACCAAGGCCCCCUUCGUCUUGCUUGCCACAAACAGGCCUCUUGACUUGGACCCGGCCGUUCUUCGACGCGCACCGGUGCAGAUACAUCUCAACAUUCCUACACAAAGCGAGAGAGCUGGGAUCCUGGACCUGCUACUCGAGGGCGAGACAUUGCAGCACAUAAACACGAAUCUCAUUGCAAGGCUGACCCCGAAGUACACUGGGUCAAACCUCAAGAAUCUCUGCGUCAUGGCUGCUACCAACUGUGUGAAUUCACAGCCGAAUGACACAACCGAACGUAUUUUGACGAGAGCACACUUCUACUCAGCCCUUCAAACAAUAUCUGCUACCAAUAUGGGGAAGCUCAGUGCGAACGAGUUCAAAAAGUUCGAGGGGCGAUUGGAGAAGAAUGUUGAGGAUUCGGCGAGAGGUGAAGACGAAGAUCAGACCAGACUACAACUAUGA